CAGGAUGAUUGCCUCGCAUCUGCUCGCCUACUUCUUUACAGAGCUCAACCAUGACCAAGUGCAGAAGGUUGACCAGUAUCUCUACCACAUGCGCCUCUCCGAUGAGACCCUUCUGGAGAUAGCUAAGCGGUUCCGCAAGGAGAUGGAGAAAGGGCUUGGAGCUACCACCCACCCCACUGCUUCAGUAAAAAUGCUGCCCACCUUUGUGAGGUCUACUCCGGAUGGGACAGAACACGGAGAGUUCCUGGCUCUGGAUCUUGGGGGGACCAAUUUCCGGGUGCUUUGGGUGAGAGUAACAGACAACGGACUCCAGAAGGUUGAGAUGGAGAACCAGAUCUACGCCAUCCCCGAGGACAUCAUGCGAGGCAGUGGCACCCAGCUGUUCGACCACAUUGCCGAGUGCCUGGCUAACUUCAUGGAUAAGCUACAAAUCAAAGACAAGAAGCUCCCUUUGGGUUUCACCUUCUCAUUCCCUUGCAUCCAAACCAAAUUAGAUGAGAGUUUCCUGGUUUCAUGGACCAAGGGUUUCAAGUCCAGUGGUGUGGAAGGGAAAGACGUGGUUACUCUAAUCCGGAAGGCCAUCCAGAGGAGAGGGGACUUUGAUAUUGAUAUUGUGGCCGUGGUGAAUGACACAGUUGGGACCAUGAUGACCUGUGGUUAUGAUGACCAGAACUGCGAGAUCGGUCUCAUUGUGGGCACGGGCAGCAAUGCCUGCUACAUGGAGGAGAUGCGUCACAUCGACAUGGUAGAAGGUGACGAGGGGCGUAUGUGUAUCAACAUGGAGUGGGGGGCCUUUGGGGAUGACGGCGCCCUUGACGACAUCCGCACCGAGUUUGACCAGGAGAUCGACAUGGGCUCUCUGAACCCCGGGAAGCAAUUAUUUGAGAAGAUGAUCAGUGGCUUGUACAUGGGGGAGCUGGUGAGGUUGAUCCUGGUGAAGAUGGCCAAGGAGGAGCUGCUUUUCGGGGGGAAGCUCAGUCCUGAACUCCUUGCCACGGGCCACUUUGAGACCAAAGAUGUUUCGGAUAUUGAAGGGGAGAAGGAUGGCAUCCGGAAGGCCCGGGAGGUCCUGGUGCGGCUGGGCCUGGACCCGACACAGGAGGACUGUGUGGCCACUCACCGGGUCUGCCAGAUCGUGUCCACACGCUCAGCCAGCCUGUGUGCGGCCACACUGGCGGCCGUGCUACGGCGCAUCAAGGAGAACAAGGGCGAGGAGCGGCUGCGCUCCACCAUCGGCGUGGACGGCUCUGUCUACAAGAAACACCCCCAUUUCGCCAAGCGUCUUCACAAGACCUUGCGGCGCCUGGUGCCUGACUGCGACAUCCGCUUCCUCCGCUCUGAGGACGGCAGUGGCAAGGGGGCUGCCAUGGUGACAGCGGUGGCCUACCGGCUGGCCGAUCAACACCGAGCCCGCCAGAAGACUCUGGAGCCUCUAAAGCUGAGCCGUGAGCAGCUGCUGGAGGUCAAGAGGAGGAUGAAGGUGGAAAUGGAGCGAGGUCUGAGCAAGGAGACUCACGCCAUUGCCCCAGUCAAGAUGCUGCCCACCUAUGUGUGUGCCACCCCGGAUGGCACAGAGAAAGGCGACUUCCUGGCCUUGGACCUUGGGGGUACCAAUUUCCGGGUCCUGCUGGUGCGCGUGCGGAAUGGGAAGCGACGCGGAGUGGAGAUGCACAACAAGAUCUACUCGAUCCCGCAGGAGGUCAUGCAUGGCACAGGGGACGAGCUCUUUGACCACAUCGUCCAGUGCAUUGCUGAUUUCCUCGAGUACAUGGGCGUGAAGGGCGUGUCCCUGCCUCUGGGUUUCACCUUCUCCUUCCCCUGCCAGCAGAACAGCCUGGAUGAGAGCAUCCUUCUCAAGUGGACUAAAGGCUUCAAGGCCUCUGGCUGUGAGGGCGAGGACGUGGUCACACUGCUGAAGGAAGCCAUCCACCGGCGAGAGGAGUUUGACCUGGACGUGGUCGCUGUGGUGAAUGACACGGUUGGGACUAUGAUGACCUGUGGCUAUGAAGACCCUCACUGCGAAGUCGGCCUCAUCGUUGGCACGGGCAGCAAUGCCUGCUACAUGGAGGAGAUGCGGAAUGUCGAGCUGGUGGAAGGGGAAGAGGGGCGGAUGUGUGUCAACAUGGAGUGGGGGGCCUUCGGGGACAAUGGAUGCCUGGAUGACUUGCGCACAGAAUUUGAUGCGGCCGUGGAUGAACUUUCCCUCAAUGCUGGCAAACAGAGGUUCGAGAAAAUGAUCAGCGGCAUGUACCUGGGUGAGAUUGUUCGUAACAUCCUCAUCGAUUUCACCAAGCGUGGGCUGCUCUUUCGUGGCCGCAUCUCGGAGCGACUCAAGACGAGGGGCAUCUUUGAAACCAAGUUCCUGUCUCAGAUUGAGAGUGACUGCCUGGCCCUGCUGCAGGUCCGCGCCAUCCUGCACCACUUGGGGCUUGAGAGCACUUGCGACGACAGCAUCAUUGUCAAGGAGGUGUGCACGGUGGUGGCGCGGCGGGCAGCCCAGCUCUGCGGUGCAGGCAUGGCCGCCGUGGUGGACAAAAUACGAGAAAACCGGGGGCUGGACACCCUCAAAGUGACGGUGGGCGUGGACGGGACCCUCUACAAGCUACAUCCUCACUUUGCCAAAAUCAUGCAUGAGACAGUGAAGGACCUGGCUCCAAAAUGUGACGUGUCCUUCCUGGAGUCAGAGGACGGCAGUGGGAAGGGGGCAGCCCUCAUCACUGCUGUGGCCUGCCGCAUCCGAGAGGCUGGACAGCGGUAGACCCCCAGAAGCUGGAAGAACUUCCUCUGAUUUCCCCUCUUUUCUGCUUUAAAUUAUAAGACGCUAUCCCUUUGUGUCAGAGACAGACCCUCUUGGCUUUUCCUUGGCAAAGAGGACCUAAUUGAACUGGGUUUUUCCUCUGUCUACUCACUGUAGAGUUUGGUACCCAAGCCUUGGCCCGCUGAGAUAAACCCAGUUUGAAGUAAGGAUUUGUUCACACUCAUCACAACCGUUACCAUUGGUUCUCUUAAAACUCGGGAAAAAAUGAACCUUUGCUAAUCCCCGUGGCCAGAUUCCAUGUCCAAGUAUAAUCCUACAGGAUGAGGACACUAAUGACAAGAUACGGUUGCUUCACUUUG